AUGCGCGGCGUCUCGGCGAGGACGACGACGACGACGGAUCGUCGCGACGCGUCCUGGGCGAGGGAUCGUUUGGGUGCGCGAACGACGGCGAAUCGGUCCCGAAUUGGGGGGUCGUCGUCGCGCAUGGGAGCGACGACGACGCGGACGACGUACGUGGAGACCUCGGAGGGAUGCGCCGAUGCGCUCGUGGCGGUGGUGAAGAAUGCGAGCGCGAGGGCGAUCGCGUCCAGGGGGACGUUCUCGAUCGCGCUCGCGGGUGGGUCGUUGAUUCGGAUGCUCGGCGCGCUGAAAAAGGCGGACGCGGAGGUGGAGUUCGGGAAGUGGGUCGUGUUUUGGGUGGACGAGCGCUGCGUGAAGUGGGCGGAUGCGGAGAGUAAUUUCGGUGGAGCUAAACGGGCGCUGUUCGAUGACGUGGACGUGCCGAAAUCGUCGCUGUUUGCGAUCGACGAGACGCUGUGCGAGACGAAUGCCGGCGCGGCGAUUCCAUGCGCCGAGGCGUACGAGAAGGAUCUCCGAGCGUUGACACCGCACGCGAUCGAGCUCGACGCGAAUGGACUGCCUGUUUUCGACAUGCUCUUACUUGGUUUCGGGCCGGACGGACAUAUCUGCUCGUUGUUCCCCAAUCACGAGCUCUUGAAGGCGACAGAUGGGUGGAUUUUGCCCAUAACCGAUUCGCCGAAACCGCCGCCCGAGCGCGUGACAUUCUCAUUACCCGUGGUGAACGCGGCGCGGGAGAAGGUGUUCGUUGCCUCGGGCGAGGGUAAGGCGGAGAUGACUGCUCGUAUCUUAGAAGAAGCUCCACAGGACGGUUCGAUUCCUGCAGCUCUGGUCACGGGCAACGUGCGGUGGAUCAUCGACGCCGCCGCCGCGUCAAAGAUGCGCAACAAAUGA